GAGUACAAUGGACGGCCCAACAACCCGGCGACCUGGGUUUGGGAACCCUCGCUGAACCCCGGCGAACGCCGAUGGCCAUCUCCUCCGGCCUCCGCCGCGCGCCCUGGGCGGCGGCGCGCGGUCUCCUCGCGUCCAGGAGCGGCUGGCGUGUCCAGCCUCCCCAGACCCAACCCCAACGCGCCGAGUGCUCCGCUCUUCUCUCUUCCAUCUCCGCCCCGCAGCCGGGCGCCGCCGCCGACGCCCAGCUUCUCCGGGUCAUAAACUAUGAGAUCUCCUGCGCGCAGCAGGACUGCAAGAAACGCGACUGGACAAAGGAAUUAGGGGAAGGGUUCCCCUUUGAGAUCCAGGACAAGGAGGGUACCAAUAGGAUAACUCUCACCAGGAGAGAUCGGAAGGAGCGAAUUGAAGUGGAGGUGUUCUUGCCGAACCCUUCUGAUAGCAUGGAGCAGAAUGGUGAGCAAGAGGACCGGGUUGAAGGUGACAACUGCCAGGGACAAGCCAGAAAUGCUGCUGCAAAUCAGUACUAUAUCCCGCUGGUGGUGAAAAUUCACAAAGGGCCAGCUUCAUGGCUGGAGAUUAGUUGUAGAUCUUACCCUGAUGAACUCACCAUUGAGAGUUUGGCAUUUGGACCGAGGGAUAAGUCUGUUGAUUCGUCAGAUGUUGAAGCUAAGAUAAGUAAUCUUCCUGAGGAAUUUCAGCAAGCAUUCUAUUCCUACUUGAAAAGUAGAGCCAUUUCGUCAGAUGUCACCAACUUCUUGCAUGCAUACAUGAUAAACAAAGAAUGCCAUGAGUACUUGGCUUGGCUGAGAAAACUUAAGGGUUUGAUGAAACGAUAAAUGAAGUGCAGCAGAAGUUCCUUACUUUUACACAGUUUUGGACAAAAUUCCUUUCAUCAGUUCUUGAGGCUGUUUUUCAGUGGCACUGUGAUGUCUGAGAUAAGAAUUGAGGUGAGGAGAUACACUGCUAUAAAAUUUACCAUUUGCGCCA